CUUUCACGAAUUCCAAAACACCUCGCCUUUGCCAAUUCUCCUCUCCCUUCGCGACUUUGCAGUAACAACAUGGUUGUGACAUCUACAAGUGAGGAUUUCUUUGCACAAGUCGCGUACAUACCACCUGAUGCGAUAUUCGACCUCACAAAGAAGUACAUUGCGGAUUUCCAUCCACGCAAGGUCAAUCUUGGCCAAGGGACUUACAAAGACGAAGACGGAAACCCAUGGAUUCUUCCAGCAGUCACAGAGGCAAAAGACAGGAUACGGGAUGCCAAUCAUGAAUACCUCCCAAUUUUAGGUUUGGCAACCUUCCGCAAACUUGCGACAGAACUGGUCCUGGCCAAGGACUCCCCAGCAAUUGCCCAACAGCGGGUAGCAUCUUGUCAGGCGCUGUCUGGUACAGGUGCGCUCCAUCUAGCAGGAGAAUUACUGUUCAGAGCACUGGGAAGCGAAGUGCCCGUCUACAUUACCAAGCCAACCUGGUCAAAUCACCGUCAGGUGUUCUCAACAGUCGGUUUCAAAGUUCGCGAUUUCAAGUACUAUGAUGACGACACGGGCGUAUUCGAUUUUCCAUCAGUGCUAGAGACUCUUCAAAGUGCGCCUCCGCGAUCCAUCUUCAUCUUCCACGCCAGUGCACACAAUCCCAGUGGAUGCGACCCCACUAGGGACCAAUGGAAGCAAAUUGCGCAGAUCGUACGGGAGCGUAACCUGUUCCCUGUUUUCGAUGCAGCAUAUCUGGGUAUUACAUCAGGUGACUACGACUAUGAUGCGUUUGCCAUUCGAUACUUCAUCAAUGAAUGUGGCUUGCAAGCCGCCGUGUGCUGCUCGUUUGCGAAGAACAUGGGUCUCUACGGGGAAAGAACGGGACUCGUGAGCUUCAUCACACAAUCUCCAGCUUCUGCCAAAGCUGUAGAAUCUACCCUUGAACAGAUCACACGGGGUGAAAUAUCCAACCCACCUGCGUUCGGUGCAAGGAUCGUGUCUGAGGUGCUUAGUGACGAGCUUUUGAGAUUCGAGUGGGCGAGCAAUUUGAGGAUCAUGAGCUCGCGCAUUGCUCAGAUGCGCAAGGAGCUGCACAAGGAGCUUGUGAGAUUGAACACGCCCGGAGAUUGGAGUCGUGUGGUGAAUCAACGUGGGAUGUUUUGCAUCUUGGGGUUGUCUCGAGAGCAAGUCCUACAUCUACGAGCGGGACUUAACUUCCAUAACGUGCAAUACACUGCUCAAGCCAUAGAUAAGACAUUACGGAGAGAGUCAGGGCGGUUAUGA